AUGUUUACAUCCAAAGAUCAUACAUAUGCUCAUAUAUUUUGUCUCCGUGUUGUAAAAGCGACGAACGUAUCAGAUUAUUACGACGACUACGUUCCUCGUGUUGUCAACGGGUGGCCGGGCCAGCUCGGAGAUGUGCCCUAUCAGAUAGCGUUUAAAGCACUCCUUAGACGAUCUCGGAUUUACGUGACAUUCUGUGGAGGUACCAUCAUUGGACCAACAAAGAUACUGUCGGCAGCGCACUGCUUCACAGACAAUCCUAACUUUUGUCAACGGCUUUGUGGAAAUGGAGGGGGCGCCAGAACUCUAUCUCAUAAGUACGCAGUUGCUGGAAAUCUAAGGAAUCGCGGAUACCAUAGCGAAUUUGACAGCGAUACAGACGGUCAAUGGAGAAAAAUGAAAAAAGUCGUUUAUCCCAUGACAUAUAAGUUCCCGAAAGACGACAUAGCAAUUGUUUUUACUUAUAAACCAUUUGUGUACAACAAUUACGUGAACUAUGUACCAAUAGCGCGACGCUUAAUAGAUUACAACGGAAAAUGUCUAGUAUCCGGUUUCGGGAGAAUUUCACAAAAGCACUCAUCUGACAAGCUUCUCUUGGCUCAUUUGACUCUAAUCCCCAUGUCUAAAUGCAAUCGUAUGCAUCGAAGAAAUAUGCGAAAAUUUGUAUGCACUUCAAGCAAAGUCACUGAUGUUGGAAAGGGUGAUUCGGGAGGACCAUUAAUUUGUAUGAACACAGGUGACCCUAACGAGCAGCCAGGCAAGGGCGUUCUCGUCGGUGUCGUCAGCGGACAUCGGUAUCAUGUUGGAAGCUUCUUUACACGAGUCUCAUCUUAUUACAAGUACAUACAGAGGAACAAGAGUAGUAACAUCGAACAACAUACGAUAUUAAUUUUAACUACAAUAUAUACAAUUUUACCAACAUUGAUAAGGGAAGUUACUCCCACCAGAACCCCUUGUGCCUCGUCUUCAGACGGAUCUCCGGUAUCGAAACAAAUUAAGCCACCACCUUCUAUUUCCUUUUAA